AUGUCAUCCACUGCUGGAAAGCCUAUCAAGUGCAAGGCAGCUGUUUGUUGGGGAGCAGGAGAGCCUUUGAAGGUUGAGGAGGUCGAGGUGGCCCCUCCUCAGGCCCACGAAGUCAGGAUCCACAUCCUUCACACUGGUAUCUGCCAUACCGAUGAAUACACUCGUAGCGGCAAAGAUCCCGAGGGUCUCUUCCCGGUCAUCUUGGGACAUGAAGGAGGAGGGAUAGUCGAAUCUGUCGGCGAAGGUGUCACGAAUGUCGCCGUCGGCGAUCAUGUUAUCCCUCUCUACACCGCUGAAUGCAGAGAAUGCAAAUUCUGCAAGAGCGGGAAGACCAAUCUCUGCGGCAAGGUUCGAGCCACCCAAGGUAAAGGUCUUAUGCCAGACAACACCAGCCGCUUCACUAUCAAUGGCCAACCCAUUCACCAUUUCAUGGGAACGUCCACUUUUUCCCAAUACACCGUCGUGGCAGACGUUUCAGUCGUCGCAGUUAACAAGCAGGCCGCGCUCGAGAAGGUCUGCCUUCUCGGCUGUGGAAUCACGACUGCCUGGGGUGCCGUUGUGAAGCAGCCAGGAAUCAAGGGCUGCACCGUCGCAGUAUUUGGCUGCGGUGCAAUUGGACUCGGCGUCGUCAAUACUUCUGCUCUCGUUGGUGCGAGCCGCGUGAUUGCGGUCGACACCAACCCAGGCAAGGAGUCAUGGGCCAAAAAGUUCGGCGCCACCGACUUCGUCAACCCAACCACGUUGAAAGAGGGCCAGAAAAUUCAAGAUUACCUUGUCGAGAUUACCGACGGUGGUUUGGACUAUACUUUCGAUUGUACUGGAAAUGUACAUGUUAUGCGCGCUGCUCUUGAGGCAUGUCACAAAGGAUGGGGUGUCUCCACUGUCAUCGGAGUUGCCGCUGCUGGACAGGAAAUUUCCACUCGACCAUUCCAAUUGGUCACUGGACGCACUUGGCGCGGAACCGCCUUCGGAGGUGUCAAAGGAAGGACUGAAAUUCCUGGUCUCGUGGAAGACUAUCUCAAAGGCGAGGUCAAGAUCGAUGAAUAUGUCACUCAUUACAGGAAGCUUGCAGAAAUCAAUGACGGAUUCGACGAUAUGCAUGGCGGUGACUGCAUUCGCUGCGUCGUCGACAUGGCAUAA